AUGGGAGACUGCAACAGUGUGUCUACUCCAGCUGAACCAGGCCUGAAGCUGUCCUUGAAUAUGUCCCCACAAACUGAUAAAGAAGUAGAAGAGAUGAAGCAAAUCCCAUAUAAGGAAGCAGUCGGAGCACUUCUCUACCUCUCCACUACGACAAGACCAGACAUCUCGUACGCAGUUGGGCAAGUAGCGAAAUUCAACCACAAUCCAGGAGUCCAACACUGGAAAGCGGUGAAGCGCAUCUUCCGCUACCUGGCUGGAACUCGAGAGUAUGGAAUCCUUUUCUCACCUAAUCCUUCUGGUAAAGAAGAGGAGAUAGUGGACUUUACUGACGCUGAUCAUGCCGGAGAUCCGGACGACCAAACAUCUACAUCUGGAUGUGUCUUCAUCUGCCACGGAGGAUCCUUUUCCUGGUUCAGUCGGAAACAAGGUUGUACAUCCCUGUCAACAACUGAAGCUGAGUUUGUAGCAGGCGGAGAAGCAGCGAAAGAAGCCACAUGGAUAAGAGCCUUCCUUAAAGAGAUUGGUAAAAGAAAUUUAGAAGCCAUUCCUCUCUUCUGUGACAACCAAGGGGCCAUUCGUGUAGCAAAUAAUCCGGAGCUACACAGACGGAUGAAACAUGUUGAACUCCGAUUUCGUUUUGUACAGCAGGCACAAAAGACUGGAGUAAUUGAUGCUUGCUUUGUCGACUCUCGGAACCAGGUGGUGGAUAUCUUCACGAAGGCGUUACCUACCCCAAGUUAUCAGUAUCUCAGACAGAAGCUCGGUGUAAUGGACUGUAGAAAGAAUAAGGAAUAA